CGGGUCGACCUUGUCCUGGAAGCUGCGGGAAGCGGCGAGAAGCGGCGGCGGCACCGGGUCGCCAUGCAUCUGUUGAAGGCCGCCCUCGCCUCGGGGCGGAGACGAGCCGGUUUACGCUGUGUCCGACAGGUUCUUGUGAGUAUUUGUCGGCAAUGUUCAUCUGGAAUAUUACCAAAUGAAAUGAUUCGGAAUAUAGGAAUUUCUGCACAUAUUGAUUCUGGGAAGACAACACUGACAGAAAGAGUUCUGUACUAUACCGGAAGAAUAGCGGAAAUGCAUGAGGUAAAAGGAAAAGACGGGGUGGGUGCUGUAAUGGAUUCCAUGGAACUGGAACGGCAAAGAGGUAUCACUAUCCAAUCUGCAGCUACUUACACGGUAUGGAAAGCAAGGAAUGUCAAUAUAAUUGAUACACCAGGACAUGUUGAUUUCACAAUAGAAGUGGAACGUGCGCUGAGAGUUUUGGAUGGAGCAAUUCUAGUUUUAUGUUCAGUCGGCGGAGUUCAGUGUCAGACAAUGACUGUGAACAGACAGAUGAAGCGUUACAAUGUUCCAUUCCUUACAUUCAUAAACAAAUUGGACAGGUUGGGAGCUAAUCCCUAUCGUGCUCUUCAACAAAUGAGAUCCAAAUUGAACAUUAAUAGUGCAUUUGUUCAAAUUCCAAUUGGUCUGGAAGGAAACCUGAAGGGCAUUAUUGAUCUAAUAGAAGAACGUGCCGUUUACUUUGAUGGUCAGUUUGGGCAGAAUAUUAGGUAUGAUGACAUUCCUGCUGAACUGCGAGUAGAGACUGCAGACAGGCGUCAGGAGUUGGUUGAGUGUGUAGCCAAUGUGGAUGAGCAGCUUGGAGAAAUGUUUCUUGAAGAGAAGGUUCCUACAAUUGAUGAUCUAAAGGCUGCUAUAAGGAGAGUAACUAUUAGCAGGUUAUUUUCUCCUGUGCUAGUUGGAAGUGCUUUGAAAAAUAAGGGUGUGCAACCACUUUUGGAUGCUGCCCUCGACUACCUACCAGACCCAAGUGAAAUCCCGAACUUUGCCAUUGCCAAUCAAUCGGAUUCAGACGAUAAAGUUAAAGUUCUUAUGGAUUCAAAAAGAGAUGAUUCACAGCCAUUUGUAGGUUUGGCCUUCAAACUAGAGGCAGGUAAAUUUGGACAGUUAACAUACAUUCGAGUUUACCAAGGUAUGCUAAAGAAAAGUGAGAACAUCUACAACACACGAACAGGCAAGAAGAUUCGAGUGCAGCGCUUAGUUCGAAUGCAUGCAGACCAGAUGGAGGAUGUUGAAGAAGCAUAUGCAGGUGACAUUUGUGCUUUAUUUGGCAUUGAUUGUGCUAGUGGCGAUACAUUUACUUCAAGAUCAAACGGCAAUAUUUCAUUGGAAUCCAUUCAUGUACCUGAACCUGUGAUAUCAGUUGCAAUAAAGCCUGUUAAUAAGAAUGAUUUAGAUAAAUUUUCCAAAGGAAUUGGCAGAUUUACACGAGAGGAUCCGACUUUCAGAGUUACUUAUGACACCGAGAGCAGAGAGACCAUUGUAUCAGGAAUGGGCGAAUUGCACAUGGAAAUUUAUGCUCAGAGACUCGAAAGAGAAUACAAUUGUCCGUGUCUAAUGGGAAAGCCUAAAGUUGCCUUCAGGGAAACCAUUGCUGCACCUGUUCCCUUUGAAUUUACACAUAAGAAGCAGUCUGGUGGUUCGGGCCAGUAUGGCAAAGUUAUUGGAAUGUUGGAACCUCUGGAGCCUGAAAAUUAUACAAAGUUAGAAUUUGAUGACAGAACAAUUGGAACAAAUGUGCCGCAACAGUAUAUACCAGCCAUUCAAAAGGGUUUCCAUGAAGCCUGUGAAAAGGGUCCGCUGACAGCUCAUAGAAUCUCUGGGGUGCGAUUUGUGUUGGAAGAUGGAGCUAAUCACAUGGUGGAUUCCAAUGAAAUAUCUUUCAUCAGAGCCGGAGAGGGUGCAGUUAAACAGGUUAUGGAGAAGACAAGUUUGAUUAUUCUGGAACCCAUUAUGUCAGUGGAAGUGGUGGCUCCGAAUGAAUUUCAGGGAAUUGUCAUCGGUGGAAUUAAUCGUCGUCAUGGUGUUAUCACUGACCAGGAUGGAGCAGAGGGAUACAUCACAAUUUAUGCUGAUGUACCACUGAACGACAUGUUUGGAUACGCCUCAGAACUCCGGUCUUGCACAGAGGGUAAAGGUGAAUACACUAUGGACUAUAGCAGAUACCAGCCGUGUCUGCCCAGUGUACAAGAAGAGCUGGUCAAUAAAUACCUCGAGGCAACAGGUCAACUGCCAGCUAAAAAAGGCAAAGUCAAGAACUGAAUGUCCUGUAAUUAUCAGUUAAUUUUUCAAGAAUGUUGGCAUCACUUCACAAGUCAUCAAUGCAUCUCAAGAAGUAGCAGAACACAGUGUCACUUUCCAUUUAUCAAAUCAACCUAUUUUUGAAGGAGUCUGAUUACCAGAUUAUAAUGCAUGGACAAUUCAUGCUAUACCUCUGAAAUCCACUGCAAAAAUAAACUGCUAGAGAAACCCAGAGGACAAGACAGUGUGGGUGGAAAUGGACAGACAAUGUUUGGGGUCAGGAUCCUCCAUUGAAGCUGCUUGGAAACUGCUUCACUGAGUUCCUCCAGCUGUUUGUGUUUUGCUCAAAAUUCCAGCAUCCAGUCUCUUAUGUUUGAAAAAAUCUACUGUUUUAGAAAUUACAAUAGACAUAAAUCAAAUGCCUUUUUGAAAAAUGUGUUGUCUGGAAAACUCUUGAAUAAUUGGGAAAAACCUCUGCUGUUUUUAUUUUCUCUUUUGAAGACAAUCCUUAUUUGUUAUAUUUCCUAAAGUAUUUCCUUAUCUAUUAAAGUACAAAAUACUGUCUUCAAUUUUUUCCAAUUAUGGUCUUUAUAAAAAUAGUAUUUGAUGGUUAAUUUUCACUGUUCAAAAUUGCAUUGAACAAAUCUAAUAAGUCCUGACUUUUUGUGAUAAGUUAACAGGGUACCACAUUCAUCAAAAAGUGCAACCCCCACUUUUUUUGAAGAGGAAGAAGUAUGAAGUUUUAGUACUUAUGUUUUAGUUAUGCAAUCUUGUGCUAUUUAUUUAAAUUAUUUACCACAUUCUGUUUUAAUAUUUUCUGUACAGUUUUUUCUUAAAGAUUUUGAUCUUUUAAAUAUGCUGGCAUAAUCAAAGGUGGGAUACCAUAGCAAAACAUUAAAUCAAUCUUGUGAAAGUGGAUUUUAAAAAUAGAAAAUGGUGAUAUAACACUCAGGCAGCUUCUGUGGAGAGAGAAAUUCAGAAUUUUGUGUUUUUCUUUCAGAAUUCUAGUAUCUGCUGAGUAUUUUAAGCAUGAUCUAUUUUAGUUUUAAAAUUCCAAGAUUUAUUUGAUUCAUAUUCUCUUAUCAGUUCCCCCUAAGUACAUAGAAGGUACUGGGCUACUUAACCAUUCCCAUUUUUGUUAAUUGGAAGCGAGUUUCUUACCUGUAUUUCCUUUGAUUAUAAUGGAAGCUCAGAAUAGUUGAAAAUACUGACAUGACACAUUAGAGCAAAUUGAUUGUGAUUUGCAGAAAGCUUUCUUUGUUAAAUCAUAUUAUUUACUCCACAUCAGCGAAAUUUUAUUCUGUAAAUCUUUGCCCUUUGUGGAGGAUAUAACCCCAAACCAAAAACCCAACUACAAUUGAGAUCAAGUGACAUGAAAACAUAAACAAAUAACUUUUUCUUCUUUUCUGAUCGAAACUUGAAAUAUUUGUUGCUAUUAUAAGUCAUUUAAAGC